GCGGCACGCGUCCCGCCUCUGGUUUGCUUGCCUCCCAGAUCUUGCCAACUAAUUGGAGGCAGCCGAGCUGAUCUCCCAUCCCGCAACGCGCCGUCUCGACGGCGGAUCGUUUUCUUCUGCUUCUACUGCGUGAUCUUUGGGCAAGAAGAUAAGACACGUCCAAGCGUCGCCACAGUCAAGGGCGGCUUGGUUGCAGUCAAGAUGGGGAAGGACAGAGAAUCUGCCAAGCUGAAGGAGGAGAAGGGGUCCAAGGAUGAGAUCCAUAUGAAGGUCAAGAGCAAGGGCGAGCCGUCCGGCGAGGAAGACGGCAAGGAGGAGGUCGAGGUAGAGAUUGAGGCCAAGUUUGUUGAGAAGGAAGAGGUCACAGGCUCGGGUGACGGUGCGGGAGGAAAGGGUACCAAGAAGAAGGAUACAAAGGAGAAAGACAAGAAAAAGAAGGAAGGUGGUGACGAUUCAGGGAAGGCAGAGGAAGACAAUAAGGGUAAAGCGAAGGAUUCGGAGGGCAAGGGCCAAGUGAAGAAGGAAAAGAAGGAUGGUGCUGGGGACGACGGAGGCGAGGAGAAGGGCAAAGAAAAGAAAGAUAAGAAGGACAAGGGUGAGAAGAAUGACAAGGAGAAGAAAGAGAAGAAGAAAGACAAGGGCGCCAAGGAGAAGACGACCGAUCCCGUGAAGCUCAGAGCAAAGCUGGAGAAGGUGGACACCAAACUGCAAGACCUACAUGCCAAGAGAGAAGAUAUCCUGAGGCAGCUGAAAGAGCUGGAUCUGGAAGGAGGCGGCAAGGGGAAGGCCAACGAAGAGAAGCCUGCGCAUGUACAGACUCUGGAACAGGGUGGAGAGAGCGUGGUCAAGGAACAGAGUCAUGUCGCCGCAGCCUGAUCCGGUUACACAUGCACAUGCAUCACACACACUGUAAAUGAAGGAACAUACAUCAGCUGAGUUGUGAAAAAUGGUACGCGUGCAGUGUCAGGAUCUCCGUCUCUCACUAUCCAGUGAGAAGAACGGAACAUAUAGGUAUAGCUGCUGAGUGGAGUGCGUCCUUCUCCUGAUACGUGAUACUGUAAUACUUGGCUGGCUUUUGUGAAUAAAAGGUGUGUGCCUGCUAUUGUC